AGUAUAAAGAAGGUGUGAAGCAGAAGAAUCAGAGCAGUUUGUACCAUCAGCUCCCGGAGACCCCCGAGACUCAGCUGGUCAGACAGCUGACGGACCUGCAGAGCCAAACCAAGUACAAGGAGGCGGGUAAGAAGGAGGUGAAGACAUGUCUGUACUCCCUCAUGCCUCACACUAUGGACACGCAGUACGCCAAAGAAGCUGCACAGCUGCUCAGUGAGAUCAAAUACAAAGAAAGCAUGAAGAAGGAGAUGUCCAGCUCGCUGUACUGCACUCUGCCCGACACGGCAGAGUGCAGCUUCGCCCGAGAGAUGAGCGACAUGCAGAGCGAGAACAAGUACAAGGAGGACGGAAAGAGAAACCUCCCUCAGAGCUUCUACUCUCAGCUCCCAGAAACAGCUGACACUCAGUUCGCUAAAACUGUGUCUGAGCUGCAGAGCGAGAUGAAGUACAGAGAAGCAGGAAAGAAAGCAGUGACGAGCUCUCUCUACUCGACUCUGCCUGAGACUCUGGAGACGCAGCACGCUAAAGAGGCUUCACAGCUGCAGAGUCAG